AUGGGUGGGGUGUUUCAUUGCUCCGUCACAGAUCACUCUGGCACAGCAAUCCAGUCAAAUGAAAUUGAGAUUCGUGAUGCAAUUUACUACAUGGAAAAGCUCAAUAUACCUGGAAAGUUGGACAUAAUAAAAGUUCCCCCUAUCGACCCGGCGGAUUUUCCCUUCUCGUUCCAAUGUUUUGAUACCGAUCCUUCUAUGAGCACGUGGCCAGAAUGGUUGAAUCUUUUGAGCAGCUCAUACUGGCCUUACGAUUGGUUUUAUUGUGAUGUGACUGGUGCGCCAAAUGCGCAGAUUUGCGCUGAUCAGAGUUCUGUGUUACCAGAGGGUGAUCAUUUGAAGUUUUUGAAUGGAACUAUGUAUUUGUUGAAUGAAAGACUCAUCGAAUCUAAGAAAAUUGCCAUUGUUUGCAAGUCUAAACGAAAACAACAACCUAUACGGACAUUUGCCAGGGACCACUCGGAAGCCCGCAAUCAAGAAAUCACAGCUCCUCUCUCUGUACUUCCCGGUCCUUCCGGUCAGCCGGCCAAGCUCGAAGCACUCACAUCAACUGAUCAGUCAUUUACUUUGCAAGCUGGUAGUAACACAGUAGGGUUUAAGUUGAAAGCGCUGUAUCGUGAACCGCCUACGGGGGUAAAAACCGUUUGGACAAAAGAUGGUCAACAACUACCGAAAAAGUUUUGCACGCAGUAUUCGUAUCAACUUCCCGACAUCGCCACGUGGACUGUAGGGGGCACAUAUCUCCUCACUGUUACUUCUGCGGAAAACCCGAACGAGGUGCUUCGUUUUGUUUACAACCUCCGAGUUAUUGAACCUCCUGCUUUCUCUUCCCCCAGUUGUCUCAGUGGAUUGAUUUAUAUCAUGGAGGGAGCGGAUUACAAUGUAUCCUGUCCCAUCAAGUUUCGCUCAGUACCAAAAUCGUUGAUAGGAGUGAAUCUAAUCGAAGCUGACUCACCUGCCGCGUUACGAGACCGACUGAAAUCCGACAUUGCCUUGGACCCGAUAUUGAGAAAACUGGAAUUCGAUUUUGAAAUGAAAAAGGAAGACCCAACUUCAGGCGAGGUGAACAUAUUGUUAUAUAACAUGGAAGACGGUCAAAACUUUCAACUUUCUGCAAAGCUUGAAAGUUCUGACGGAGACUCUUAUUUGUCCAGUUCUGUGCGCGUAGUCCCUACGCCAAAGCUGUUCAAGCCACCAUCGGGUUCCAGUUGUACGGAGGGAUGUGACACAGAACCGUAUAAUGUGACGUGCUCUGUCGAUCCAGAGCGAAUCAAAUUGUGGAACGAUCAAUUCAACAUAACCUAUUCCACUGCAUGGAUUAUCCAAGGCCAGUGGUCAUCCGCGCAGCUAGACCCCCAGGGCAUUGGUCGCUUCAUUGAGACCACAACGGACGGUGCCACACUGACGAUAUGGCCACGUGGCAACUCAGCCUCGGAACAGCAAUCUGCCAAAACCAAUCCUCCCGUAGAAGGCGCUGAACCGAAAGAUCAAGAGGAGAAACACGGAACGGAAGUGUCCUCAGACCCGAAUUCGCAAUCACUCACACUGAAACAGUACCUCACAGAGACCCUCGGUGAAUCCCGGGCCAAGGACCUGAUGCUUCAGUGCUGGAUCCGGUUGUUCGUACAUUCGUCCGAGGCCCGAUUCGAUCCGCCUCCGUCAGACAGAGUUCUGCGUCGAGUUUCUCGCCAAUAUCAAGGCACCAGUGAUGUUUUCGACAACCCACCUCGUCUGAUCUAUGACUCACGUUGGGAAACGAACAAAGCAUUGGUAGAUCAGUUAACAGUCACACGAACAUUUACACCAGAUCCGAAACCCGCCAGUGCCAGCCUUGCCUGGAUCGCCGCCGUGGUCAUCGGUGUGAUCAUUGUGGUUGCAGUCAUUGCCUUGAGUGUCUGGUUAUACACACGCGAUCGUGGUGAGACCUACAUGUUGUACGACAAAGAACGAGCUCACGGGAAUGAUCCGAUACAAGAAAUGAAGGAGAAAGAGGCUUUUCAAACAUAUCAAAGGCACAAGAGACGAUUCCCAGUGCGGAAAAAUCACCUUGCCAUCAAGUCUUUAACCGGGAUGCCCGACUGUUCUGGCUCUCUGAACGCUGAGUUGGGUGGACUGAAACGGAAAGGUUUAUCAAAACGGAACUAA